UAAGUGGGGAUUUCGAAAGUAUCCUAACUUAAGAAAAUUCUUAAGAAUUAUCUUAAAGUUAGGACAGCUUUUGACAUAUCUUAAGUCUAUCUUAAGCAAAAAUGGCCGCGCCCAUGUUGUUGCUGGCUCGACGAAAUCGUCGUAUCAGAGGUGACAGAGUAUUUAGAGAUAUUGAUAACCCUCUUGACUACCUUGAUGAUGAAGCUAUAAUAAGAAGGUAUAGGCUUUCAAGACCCUUAAUCCAUGAUUUAUGUGAACAAUUUCAAAAUGAACUACAACGUCCUACUAUGAGAUCUCAUGCAUUACCUGUCUCACUGCAGGUAAUGGUUGCAUUACGAUUUUAUGCAACUGGCCGUUUCCAAGCAGUUGUUGGUGAUGUGCAUAACAUUUCAAGACCAAGUGUGUGCAAACUAGUGAAAGAUAUGACCCAGUGUCUUGUUAAUGUGGCCAAUAUACACAUAAGAAUGCCUAUUACUUCAAAUGAAUUGGCCAAAAACAUGAAUGAAUUCAGUUUAAUUGCAAAUAUGCCAAAUACCAUUGGGUGUAUUGAUGGAACACACAUCAGGAUUAAAUCUCCAAGCGUUGAUGAACAUUUAUACAUAAAUCGCAAAAAUUACCAUUCAAUUAAUGUCCAAGGGGUUUGUGAUGCCAGCUUAAAAUUUAUUAACAUUGUGGCAAAAUGGCCCGGUGGAACACAUGAUGCGUUUAUUUGGUCAAAUUCUGCUUUGAAUCGUUUAUUUGAAACAGGAAGGAUUGCAGAAGGAUGGUUACUGGGUGACAGCGGUUAUCCACUGCGUCCUUGGUUACUUACACCUGUAAAUAAUCCAUCAACAAAAGCAGAAGAGCGUUACAACACUGCCCAUAUCCGCACCCGCAAUUCUGUUGAAAGAUCAUUUGGGAUUUUAAAAUCACGCUUCUGCUGUCUAGACGCAAGCGGUGGAAGUCUUCUAUAUUCCCCCCAGAAAGCAUGCGAUAUCGUGGUAGCCUGUGUAGUGUUGCACAACAUGCAUUUAUCGCCGUAUAUCCCUUCCAGACCCAGAUCCACGAGUUUCGGGAAGAAUUCGAGGGACUGGUUAUGCAGGGACCGUUAA